AUGGUGGGUUUAGUUGUUAAACCGGAAUUAUCGGAGUCGGGAUUGGACUUAACCACGGACCAAGAUAUAAACCGUUACUACAAUUAUAUUUCCAACGGAGUCGAUACUGUCCAUACGGCCGAAAUUCACGAUGAUGUUCUUGAGAAGAUAUUAAAUUCGGUUCCGUACUGUUUGCGUGAUCGUUUCAAUUAUUGCACGGAAGAUCUAUUAAUCGAGAUCAAAGACACAUACACAUUGAAUAUUAAGAAAGCGAUAUUGGAAUUUGCGCUUCAGGAUCCUUUACAGGAAUCCCCACAAGAGGCACAACAAAGUGAACUGCUGUCUAGUUUAGUAGGUCAGGUUCGUGAACGAAGUGUCACCUUGCAACGCGAUUUGUAUCUGAUAAAUCCAUGCAUGAAGAUGACUUUAGAUCGAUGGAUACGCAUAUUUCGAGAUUUUCGGCUUAUCGACGUCAAAAAACUUGCGACGCACAAGGGGAGCUGGGGCCUGCAAGAGUAUGAAAGUACAGUUUAUCGUCAAAUCGAGAGGGGGAAGGUCACACUGCAGAAGUCUUGGUACAGUGGAAUACAGGAUAUAUUCCUUGUGAAUAACAGAAAGAAUUUAGUACCUAGCCCUCUGAAACGUACACAGUUCGGACGAUUCUUCGGAUGUGUCGCCAAAAUAAUGGAGGCUCAGCUACUGUCUCUCUGUAAAAGCAGCAUAAAGGAUUUCAUGAACCUGAUCGUUCGCGGUCAGCCAGCGAGAUGCGAGUUUCACGUGGAUAUUAUAAUCGUCGACAAAAAGCCCGAUUUUCAACCCACCUUCGAUGCGUUUAAACAUGUACUGUGCGGUAUUUUGAACGGUAUAUGCAAAGCUGUUGCAGAAUUUAACACAUUGGAAACACAACUUUACCUAGACUGGUCUGGCCCGUUAGAACUUCUACGACCGAAGAUAGAUCAUUCGAUAGUGGAAGCUCAAAAGCAGAGGAUCAUUCGACUGAUCGAUCGAGAAAAAAUUAUUCCCACGAAGAUACUGGCCGCGUUAGAAGUACAUAAACAUUUUUACAAUAACGACGAGUACCAAACGGUGGAGAGGUUCGUGAACGACGAGAGCAAAACGUUACCUGAAUACGAGGGGAUGAUGAAUCGUUAUCGCGCGCUUAUGGCGAAUAUUCCAUUGCAAAUCGAGAGGACAGUGUUCACCGGCCUCUUCAAAGUGUCACGGCAGAUUUUCAUCGAGACGAUCGUCGGUAAUAUCGAGCAGAUACAGGGUCUUCUUACCAAUACCCUGGUCAAGAGGUACCAACUCACAGCUAUAAGAAUGACGGGGGAAUACGAAAGCAUAGCCGAGCGAGCAUUGAGCACGCCAGCCGACACGUCCGAGCUGAUGGAUCUCAUAGAUUUCGUUCGAAAAGCCGUGGAAGGGUCUCUGAAGCUGUUGGAGGUGGAGCUUUACGAUAUAAUUCAGCACAUUCUCCUGCUGUCCAAUUACUAUGUUCUCACUGACGCUGAAGUAAACGCCAAUAAUAUGGCGUUCCAAUGGUACCAUCGAAUACCGGAUAUACUGAUAGAGAACCAAAAUAUCGUGGCGACUAAGACGGUGGAGUUCCAGGAGGCGUUACGAAUCAGGUACAUCCGAUUUGAAGAGGAACUGGACUCGUACGCGAAGCAAGUCGACGACAUCCAGUACUGGGGCGACGUGGCGGAGGUGUACAAGUACCAGAGGAGGGCCCAGACUCUAGAGAACCGGCUGAUCACCGCGAUGGAGAAGAUCGACAAGUUCAACGAGGAGGAGAACGCGUUCGGCUGGGAGAUCACGCAGUAUCCACGCAGGAAACAGAUCGCCGAUCAACUGAAGCCGUUCAAGCAGCUGUUCGACGCUGUCUGCGACUUCAUGACCAAACACGAGCUCUGGCUGCAAUCGAUGAUCGGCAGUUACAAUCCCGAGGACAUCGACAACGAUGUCGGAUAUGCGUACAGAACGAUCUACAAACUGGAGAAGUCUUUCCAGGAACCAGAUCUCAGGAAUCUGGCGCUUAGUGUCCGCGAGAAGAUCGAGGAGUUCAGGGAUCGUAUGCCGAUCAUAUUCACGUUAGGCAAUCCUGGACUGAAAACACGUCAUUGGGAGGAAAUAUCGGAGAUCAUCGGGAUCCCGAUCAAGGUUGACGUUGACUUAACGUUAGCCAAGGUACUGGAGAUGGGACUGGACUCGUUGGCCGAAAAGUUCGAGGGUAUCUCGGACAACGCGUCGAAAGAGGCCACCUUGGAGAAGGCGAUCGACAGGAUGCAGAAGGACUGGACCGAUUUGGCUUUCACGGUGAACCCUUUCAAGGACACCGGCACCUACGUUAUCGCCGGCGUGGAUGAAAUACAGUUGCUUCUGGACGAUCACAUCAUCAAGACCGUUACUAUAAAGAAUUCGCCGAAUAUAAAGCCUUUCGAGGACAGAAUACUGGUAUGGGAGCACAAAUUGCACCUGCUGCAAGAUAUUCUGGAUCAAUGGCUGCGUGUCCAGGCGAUUUGGAUGUACUUGGAACCGAUAUUCACGUCGCCGGACAUCCAACAGCAGAUGCCAGAGGAGGGACGGAAGUUCUCCGCUGUGGAUAAAACUUGGCGCGACAUCAUGAAGACCGUUCACUCCGAUUCCCGUGUUCUUGCUGUGGUCGAGAUCGAUAAGAUGUUAGAGAGGUUGAAGAAGAGCUACGGACUGCUGGAGGAUAUUCAAAAGGGGCUGAAUGAUUACCUCGAGAAGAAGCGGCUUUACUUCCCGCGGUUCUUCUUCCUAUCGAACGACGAGCUCCUGGAAAUUCUGUCGGAGACCAAGGACCCGACACGCGUCCAGCCGCAUCUAAAGAAAUGUUUCGAGGGUAUCCACCGGCUGAAGUUCAACGAGGACCAGGAGGUGCUCGCGAUGAGAUCGUCAGAGGACGAAGAGGUGGGCCUCGUGGAUGCGAUAUCCACCGCAGCCGCGCGUGGACAAGUCGAGAAGUGGCUCGUCGAGCUGGAAACGAUUAUGCGACGAAGUAUUCGGCGCGUGGUGCAGCUGGCAAUCGAGGCGUAUCCAAGUAAACCAAGGAAGGACUGGGUCCUCGAGUGGCCCGGCCAAACGAUCCUUUGCGUUGGCAAAACGUAUUGGACGCUGCGCAUCGAGGAGGCGAUGCUAGCGGGCGCUGGCGGCAUGAACAAGUACUUCGAACAGUGCCAGGCAGAACUGAACGAUGUGAUAAGGCUCAUCAGAGGAAAACUAUCGAAACAGAAUCGUAUUACUUUAGAGGCUCUUGUCACUCUUGAUGUCCACGGGAAAGAUGUGCUGGCGAACCUCUGCAAAGAGGUCGUGAUCAAGAACACCGACUUCAGAUGGCUCUGUCAUCUACGCUAUUAUUGGCUGGAGGAAGACAUGUGGUCCUAUAUGAUUAAUUCGAACCUGAAAUACGGAUACGAAUAUCUGGGAAAUUCCUCUAGACUUGUCAUUACUCCUCUGACGGAUCGAUGUUAUCGAACCCUUUUCGGCGCCUUGAGUCUUCAUCUGGGCGGUGCACCGGAGGGCCCCGCUGGUACUGGUAAAACCGAGACGACCAAAGAUCUAGCUAAAGCAGUGGCGAAACAGUGCGUGGUCUUCAAUUGCUCCGAGGGCUUGGAUUACAUCGCCCUUGGGAAAUUCUUCAAAGGAUUGGCGUCCUGCGGCGCCUGGUCCUGCUUCGACGAAUUCAAUCGAAUCGAUCUGGAGGUAUUGUCCGUGGUCGCCCAACAAAUCUUGACGAUUCAACGUGGCAUUAAUAGCGGCGCGGAGAAAAUGUUCUUCGAGGGUACAGAAAUCUUCCUGGACCCGAGUUGUGCCAUUUUCAUCACGAUGAACCCUGGUUACGCCGGUAGAUCCGAGUUACCUGAUAACUUGAAGGCGUUGUUCCGUCCGGUUGCCAUGAUGGUGCCGGACUAUGCGUUGAUCGCCGAGAAUACACUAUAUUCGUACGGUUUCUACAACGGUAGACCUCUAGCGGUGAAGAUCGUAACCGCUUACAAGCUCUGCUCCGAGCAGCUGAGCAGUCAGAGUCAUUACGAUUACGGCAUGAGGGCAGUGAAAUCGGUGUUGGUGGCGGCUGGCAACUUGAAGCUCAGAUAUCCAGAACAAUCGGAGGAUAUUCUGAUGUUGAGAAGUAUCCUAGACGUGAAUCUUCCCAAGUUUCUUGUUCAGGAUCUUCCACUUUUCGAGGGUAUCGCCUCGGACCUAUUUCCUGGUGUCGUGCUACCGACACCAGAUUACACGCAUUUGAACGCUUGCACGAGGGACGCGUGCGCAGAAGCGAACAUCCAGUGCACCGAGUUCUUUCUGCAGAAGAUCCAGCAGAUAUACGAAAUGAUGAUCGUCAGACACGGGUUCAUGAUCGUUGGUCUGCCAUUCAGCGGGAAAACGUCCGCGUAUAGGAUGCUGGCUGCCUGUCUGAGACUGCUGGAGGAGCGACAAUUGAUGGACGAACAUAGGGUCGAGAUAACGGUUAUUAAUCCUAAGGCGAUCACGAUGGGACAAUUGUACGGACAGUUCGACCCAGCCUCCCACGAAUGGAGCGACGGCGUGCUGGCUGUCAGCUACAGGGCGUUCGCGACGUCCACCAAUCUGAAUAGAAAGUGGCUGGUCUUUGACGGACCGGUAGACGCCAUUUGGAUCGAGAACAUGAACACCGUGCUCGAUGAUAAUAAAAAGCUCUGCUUGACCUCGGGCGAGAUUAUACAAUUGGCGCCCACUACGAAUCUGAUCUACGAGCCUAUGGACUUGGAGGUCGCUUCGCCCGCCACGGUAUCCAGAUGCGGUAUGAUCUACAUGGAACCAGUCAGCCUUGGCUGGAGACCCCUUUUGCUCUCCUGGUUGAACACCCUGCCGGAGACCUUCACGGAACACCAUAAGAAUCAUUUGCACGAUAUGUACAUGAGAUUUUGCCCGCCCCUUCUCUAUCUUCUACGACGAGGGGCAGUCAAGGAGCUGAUUACAAUGCCCGAUGCGAAUCUCGUGAGAUCAGUGAUGUACCUGUUCGAUUGUUUCCUCGACGACUUUCACGAUGAGAAGUACCUCCAGACGUUAUCCGAUCUAGAUAUACGAGCGCAAGUAGAGGGCUGCUUUUUCUUCUCCUGCAUCUGGGCGAUGGGCGGCACGUUGAACACGGAUUCACGUGAAUCGUUCAGCGAUCUCUUCAGAGGUCUAACGGCCAGGGAGUUCCCGGAGGACAUCAGGCAACGUUUCAAUAUCUCCGAUGACACCACCGAUCCGCCAAAGCCAUACGUGGUCACCGUGCCGUUAACCGGUCUGGUUUUCGAUUUCAAAUACGUGAAAGAGGGCCGAGGAAAGUGGAGGCCGUGGAUGGAGGAUCUGCAGAACGUUCCGCCGAUCCCGAAAGAUAUGCCGGUGAAUCAAGUGAUCAUUCCGACGAUCGAGACAGUUCGUUACUUUCACCUGUUCAAGCUCCUCAUUUGCCAUCACAAACCGGUCCUCGUGGUCGGUCCGACUGGGACUGGCAAGUCCGUCUACAUGAUGGACUUUCUUCUGAAGAAGAACGACCCGGACACGUACAAGCCUAUGUUUGUAAUAUUCUCGGCGCAAACCACCGCCAAUCAGGCGCAAGAUAUCAUCAUGAACAAAUUGGACAGAAGGAGGAAGGGUCUUUAUGGGGCGCCGCCUGGUAAACACUGGGUAGUGUUUGUGGACGAUUUGUCCAUGCCUCAGAAAGAGGAAUACGGCGCCCAGCCGCCUAUAGAGUUGCUGAGACAAUGGCUGGAUCACUGGACCUGGUAUGAUGUGAAGGAAGUGGCUCCCAUAGAACUAGUAGACGUUCAACUGGUAUGCGCCAUGGGACCUCCGUCCAGUGGUUUGGACGUCACACCCAGGUUCAAACGGCAUUUCUUUACCCUGGGCAUCUCCGAAUUCUCCGACGACGUUCUGACCGCUAUCUUCAGCACGGUGAUGUCUUGGCAUCUGAACAGAAGAGAGUUUCCAGACUUUUUCCAGCCCUGCGUCGAGUAUAUAGUCGACGGUACGCUGGACAUUUAUAAAGAAACCAGGCAGCAUCUUCUGCCAACUCCGGCCAAGUCGCACUACUUGUUCAACUUGAGGGACUUCUCGAGGGUGAUCCAAGGAGUGUUGCUCUCCGUGCCUGAAACUGUUACCGAACCGGUGGGCAUGAAGCGUUUAUGGGUGCACGAGGUUCUCCGCGUCUAUGGGGAUCGGCUGGUCGACGACAUGGACAUUAAGUGGCUCGUCGACCAGAUACGACAAACCGUGACUAACUACUUAGAAGACAAUUUAAAUGAGAUGUUCAAACAUUUGCUGACAGAUGGGGCAAACACGGUGACAGAGACAGAACUUCGGAAUCUGAUCUAUUGCGACUUCCAAGAUCCUAUGGCCGAUAAGAAAUUAUACACAGAAGUGGCCAACAUAGAUGACCUUACAGUGAUCGUCGAAGAAUAUCUAAGAGAGUACAAUUCCAUUUCAAGGACUCCCAUGAACCUCGUUCUCUUCAGAUUCGCGGUCGAGCAUCUUUCAAAGAUCUGUCGAGUGAUGAUGCAACCCCGUAGCCACGCCCUCUUGAUCGGCGUCGGUGGUUCUGGUCGUCAGUCUCUAACCAAAUUGGCAGCCCACAUCGCGGACUACGAGCUAUUCCAAGUGGAGAUGUCCCAGCAAUACGGCACAUACGAGUGGCACGAGGACCUGAAGGAGAUCCUGAAGAAGAGUGCAGCCAGCGAUCUGCACACGGUGUUCUUGUUCCUGGACACUCAGAUCAGGGACGAGAUAUUCCUCGAGGAUAUAAGCAAUCUUUUGAAUUCGGGUGAGGUGCCGAAUAUAUUCGCCUCGGACGAGAUGUCCGACAUAUGCGAGAAGAUGCGAGUGAUCGAUCGUCAGAGGGACAGAUCGUUGCAAACGGACGGCAGCCCCGUGGCGUUGUACAAUUUCUUCGUGCAGACCGUUCGCGAGCAUCUGCACGUGGUGGUGACGAUGUCGCCGAUCGGGGACAGUUACAAGUUUCUCGGCGAAAUCGAUUUGACCGUGGAGGAGAGGGACGCGUGCAUCGAGAUGUGCCAGUUCUUCCACACGUCCACGCAGGAUCUGUCCCUGGAAUUCCUGAAAAGGGCCAAAAGAUACAACUACGUCACGCCCACGUCGUACCUGGAGCUAAUCAACACGUUCAAGGAUCUUCUGGCGAAAAAAAGAAAGCAGGCGGUCGAAGGGAAGAGAAGAUACGAGGCUGGUUUGGAACGAUUGGACAGCACUCAUAAACAGGUGGAGAAGAUGCAAGAGAUCCUGGUCGCGUUACAACCGAAACUGCUUGUCGCUGCGAAAGACGUGGAAGCGAUGUUCUUGGACGUUCAGAGUCAGAACGACGAGGCCGUGGCCAUCGAGCAGAUCGUCAAGCUGGACGAGGAGGCGGCCAUGGUGGUAGCCAGCGAAGCUGACGCGAUCCGUGAGGAAUGUGACGCCGAUCUGCAGGAUGUAAUGCCAAUAUUAAACAUGGCGAACGCCGCCCUGAACACUCUGACACCGCAAGACAUACAGAUAGUCAGAUCGAUGAAGCGUCCUCCAGCCGGCGUACGAUUGGUCAUGGAAGCAGUUUGCAUCCUAAAGGACGUGAAACCGGACAGAGUUCAAACACCGGAAGGCAUGGUGGAGGACUACUGGAAGGCCUCGUUGCGUAUGCUGAGCGACAUGAAGUUCCUCGAGAGUCUGUUGACGUACGACAAGGACAACAUACCGGAGAAGAUCAUGACGAAGAUCCGUACCACGAUACUGACCAACCCGAACUUCGACCCCGAGAGGAUCAGACAGGUGUCGAACGCCUGCGAGGGCCUCUGUCGAUGGGUGUUCGCGUUAUCGGAGUACGACAAGGUGGCGAAAGUGGUGGCCCCGAAGAAGCAAGCAUUGGCCAAGGCGGAGGCGGAUUAUUCCGCCGCGAUGACGCAGCUCAACCUGAAAAGGAACCAGCUGCAAGAGGUCAGGAAGAGGCUGGAGGAAUUGGAGGAUCUUCUGGCGCAACGCAGGGCCGAGUACCAGGUGAUGACUGACGAGGUGGCCGAGUGCGAGGAGAAAUUAAGACGGGCCGAAGAGCUGAUCGGAGGUCUAGGCGGGGAAUACACCAGAUGGUCGGAGACCGCCAAGUCCCUAGGGGAACUUUAUUACAAACUGACUGGCGAUAUUCUGAUCGGUUCUGGGAUCGUAGCGUAUCUAGGUGUCUUCACCACUUGGUACAGGCAACAGCAGAUCGAGAACUGGACGAAGAUCUGCACCGAGCUGGACGUCUAUUGCACGCCUGACUAUCAGCUCACUCAGAUACUGGGCGAUCCUGUGCUGAUCAGAUCGUGGAAUAUCUUUGGUUUGCCCAGCGAUCUUUUUUCGAUCGAUAAUGGCAUUAUCGUCACGAACUCCCGACGGUGGCCGUUGAUGAUCGAUCCUCAGGGCCAGGCGAACAAGUGGGUGAAGAAUAUGGAGAAAAAAGCGGGUAUCAACGUGAUCAGACUGUCGCAGAACGAUUAUAUGAGAAUUCUGGAAAACGCUGUGCAGUUCGGACAGCCGGUUCUAUUGGAGAACGUCGGCGAGGAGCUGGACGCUGCUAUGGAACCACUUUUGAUGAAACAAACGUUCAGAUCUAGUGGUACCACGUGUAUCAAAAUUGGGGACUCGAUUAUUGAGUACUCGAGCAACUUCCGAUUCUACAUCACGACCAAGUUACGUAAUCCCCAUUAUUUACCGGAAGUGGCGGUGAAGGUGACUCUGUUGAAUUUUAUGAUCACGCCAAUCGGUCUCGAGGAUCAGCUUCUGGGUAUCGUUGUGGCAAAAGAACGACCAGAUCUGGAGGCUGAGAAGAAUCAGUUGAUCAUUCAAGGAGCCGCCAAUAAAAAAAUGCUGAAAGAAAUCGAGGACAGAAUCCUGGAGGUUCUAUCCACGUCCGAGUCGAACAUUCUCGAGGACGAGACUGCGAUCAGCGUUCUGAGCUCCUCGAAGCAUCUCUCGAACGAGAUAGUUGUGAAGCAAACUGCCGCGGAGAUAACCGAGAAGUCCAUCGACGAGGCGAGAUUAGAGUACACCCCGAUAGCUGUUUAUAGCACGGUCCUCUUCUUCACGAUAGCCGUCCUAGCGAAUAUCGAUCCGAUGUAUCAGUACUCGUUAGUCUGGUUCGUGAAUCUCUUCAAGAACACCAUCGACAACACGGAACAGACGGAGGACAUUGCGCAACGGCUGAAGGACCUGACACGCGAGUUCACCUACUCGUUGUACGUGAACAUAUGCCGUUCGUUGUUCGAGAAGGACAAGCUUCUGUUCUCGUUGCUUCUCUCGGUGAAUCUGCUGAACAAACGGGGUGAGAUCUCGAUACCACAAUGGAUGUUCCUAUUGACCGGCGGCGUGGGCCUCGAGAAUCCUUUCGAGAACCCCACGCAAUGGCUGCCCUCGAAAUGCUGGGAUGAGCUGUGUCGUUUGGACAACGUUCCUGGAUUCGAGGGUCUGAAAGAUUCCUUCACGGAGAACGUGGACGCUUGGAAGGUCGUCUUUGAUCACAUGGAGCCGCACACUUUACUUUUCCCCGCGCCUUACGGCCAGUUCAGCCCUUUCGAGAGAAUGCUCGUGCUGCGAUGUAUUCGUCCUGACAAACUCGUGUCGGCGGUGCAGAAUUUCGUUGAAGAGCAAUUGGGACAUCAGUACAUCGAGCCGCCGCCGUUCGAUCUGCUCUCGUCGUUCGCGGACUCGUACUCCUGCAUCCCGUUGAUAUUCGUACUGACGCCUGGCGCCGAUCCCAUGGCGGUUCUGCUGAAAUUCGCGGACGACCAGGGCUUCGGCACGAACCGACUGUUCUCCCUGUCUUUGGGUCAAGGACAGGGCGUUAUCGCCGCCCAACUGAUCGACGAAGGGGUGAAGAACGGCACCUGGGUGGUGCUGCAGAAUUGUCAUCUUGCCAAGAGCUUUAUGCCCCAAUUGGAGAAGAUAUGCGAAAGUUUCACCCCGGAAACCGUGCACCCGGACUUUCGUUUAUGGCUGACCAGCUAUCCUGUGGAUCACUUUCCGGUCAGCGUUCUACAAAAUGGCGUCAAGAUGACCAACGAACCGCCGAAAGGAUUACGAGCGAAUAUAAUCAAGUCUUUUCUUCAGGACCCGAUAUGCGACAGUGAGUUCUUCGACACUUCGAAGCAGAAAGGACCGUUCAAGAAACUGCUAUUCUCCUUGUGCUUCUUCCACGCGAUCGUUCAGGAACGAAGGAAAUUCGGACCGAUCGGCUGGAACAAUCAGUACGAGUUCAAUGAGACUGAUUUGAGGAUCAGCGCUUUGCAGCUGAAAAUCUUCUUGGAUCAGUACGACGACGUGCAGUACACUGCUCUGAAAUAUUUAACAGGCGAAUGCAAUUACGGUGGACGCGUGACAGACGAAUGGGACAGGCGAACAUUGAACACGAUCCUCGGGAAAUUCUAUUGCUCGGAGUUGCUCGCGGAAAAGAAAUACCUGUUCGACCCGAGCGGCCUGUAUUACGUGCCGGAGGUCGAUACCCACGGGGAUAUUCUCGAGUACGUAAAGUCCUUCCCGAUGUCCACCGCGCCGAGCGUGUUCGGGAUGAACGAGAACGCAGACAUCAUCAAGGAUCAACAGGAGACCACGUUGAUGCUGUCCUCGGUCCUUGCGACGCAGGACACCGGGGAAACGGAAACAGACGCAGGCAAAUCGCCCGACCAGACCGUAUACGGGGUGGCGUCUGAUAUUCUGUCAAAGUUACCGAGGGACUUCGAUCUUGUCGCGGCGCUCGUCAAGUAUCCGACGUUGUAUAAUCAAAGCAUGAACACGGUGCUGGUCCAGGAGAUGGGAAGAUUCAACAAGCUUCUGCAAACGAUCAGGAAUAGCCUGGUGAACGUUCAGAAAGCGAUCAAAGGUCUGGUGAUCAUGAACCCGGCCCUCGAGGAGGUGUACGUGUCGAUAAUCACCGGAAAGAUACCGAAGAUGUGGAUGAGGAACUCCUAUCCGUCCCUGAAACCGUUGGGCAGCUACGUUCAGGACUUUCUGAAGAGGCUCGCCUUCCUUCAGUCGUGGUAUGAUAAAGGGCCACCGUCGACCUUCUGGAUCUCCGGUUUUUACUUCACCCAAGCGUUUCUCACCGGCGCCCGUCAGAACUACUCGAGGAAGUACUCGAUACCGAUAGAUCUUUUGAUCUACGACUUCGUCCCUAUGGAAAAGACCGUCUUCCCAAACCCGCCCGCCGACGGUGUUUACGUUUACGGGCUGUUCCUCGACGGUGCACGGUUCAACAUGGAAACGAUGAAAAUCGACGAAUCGAUGCCGAAAAUAUUGUACGACACCGUUCCUUACAUUUGGAUGGUACCGGCGAAAAGGGAUGAAGUGCCGGACCGACACACGUACACCUGUCCAGUGUACAAAACCGCCGAGAGGAAGGGCGUACUGUCGACGACCGGCCACUCGACGAACUUCGUGAUCGCCAUAUGGCUCCCGACGGAGCAUCCCCCGGAACACUGGAUCCUCCGAGGCGUAGCCAUGCUCUGCCAAUUGUCCGAUUAA